AUGCCCAAAGUCUUCCUAGUAAAGAGGAGGAGCCUGGGGGUCUCGGUCCGCAGCUGGGAUGAGCUCCCGGACGAGAAAAGGGCAGACACCUACAUCCCAGUGGGCCUGGGACGUCUGCUCCUCGACCCCCCCGAAGACUGCCGCAGCGACGGCGGUAGCAGCAGCGGCGGCGGCAGCAGCAGCGCUGGGGAGCCUGGAGGCGCAGAGAGCAACUCGUCCCCGCGCGCCCCCGAGCGCCAAACCCGCGAGCCUGGAGACGCCGAGGGCCCCGGUGGACAACUAGCGGCGAAGCAGCGCCCGGUCGCCAGGUCGAAAAUCAAGUUCACCACAGGCACAUGCAAUGACUCGGCGGUUCACAGCUGUGACCUGUGUGGCAAGGGCUUCCGCCUACAGCGUAUGCUCAACCGGCACCUCAAGUGCCACAACCAGGUGAAGAGGCACCUGUGCACCUUCUGCGGCAGGGGCUUCAACGACACCUUUGACCUGAAGAGGCAUGUCCGCACACAUACAGGCAUUCGCCCCUACAAAUGUGACAUCUGCAACAAAGCCUUCACCCAGCGCUGCUCCUUGGAGUCCCACCUGAAGAAGAUCCACGGGGUGCAGCAGCAGUAUGCCUACAAGCAGCGCCGGGACAAGCUCUAUGUCUGUGAGGAUUGUGGCUACACAGGCCCCACCCAGGAGGACCUGUACCUGCACGUGAACAGCGCUCACCCGGGCAGUGCAUUCCUUAAAAAGACAUCAAAAAAACUAGCAGCUAUUUUGCAAAACAAGCUGACAUCCACACUCCAGGGGAAUGCCAACCUGAGCGAGGAGGAGGAGAAGUGA